AUGUUCUUCCUCAAAAACAUGGAGCGCAGAGUCACUCUGCAUCCAUCCUACUUCGGCCGCAACAUGCACGACCUAGUAACCAGCAAGCUGCUCAAGGAUGUGGAGGGUACCUGCGCUGGGAGCUACUACAUCAUAUCCAUCAUGGACACCUUUGACAUCUCCGAGGGCAAGAUUCUGCCCAGCAACGGCCUAGCCGAGUUUACUGUCGGCUAUCGCGCCGUAGUCUGGAGACCGUUCAAGGGCGAGACUGUCGAUGCCGUCGUAUACUCGAUCAACCCGCAAGGCUUCUUUGCGCAAGCCGGUCCCCUGCGACUCUUCGUCUCGGCACAUCUGAUUCCUAGCGAUAUCAAGUGGGACCCCAAUGCGACGCCACCGCAAUUCACAAAUAACGAGGAUACCGUUAUUGAGCCUGGCACACAUGUUCGAGUAAAGAUUAUCGGGACGAGAACCGAAGUCGGCGAGAUGUGGGCGAUUGGCAGCAUUAAGGAAGAUUACCUGGGAUGUCUGCAAGACUAA